GUUACUUGCGUAACUGCUAAAAUGACAACAGGUAAGACCACCCUCUUUACAAAAUCCUAGAUCAUAGCCAAAUUCCACUCUUGCUGCAGACAAGGACACUACAGUACAUCAGGAGACUGGAGGAGGCACAGACACCAUGGCAACUACCUCAACUCAGAAUGUGGAGUUUGUGCGGACCGGCUAUGGCAAGAAUCUGGUCAAGGUGCUGUAUAUCAGACGAGAGGGAACUCACCACUACAUCACUGAGCUGACGGCUAAUGUGGAGCUCACCCUCAAAUCCCGCAAGGACUACUUGACCGGUGACAACUCGGACAUCAUCCCUACUGACACUGUCAAGAACACUGUCCAUGCACUGGCUAAGCUGAAGGGAGUUUUGACCAUAGAGCAGUUCGCCAUGGACAUCAGCAAACAUUUCCUGACAGCUUUCAAACAUGUGACCAGAGUAAACGUGAAGAUUGAGGAGGCACCAUGGAGGAGACUGGAGAAGAAUGGUGUCGAGCAUGUACAUGCAUUCAUCUACAGCCCUGAAUCCUGCCGCUUCUGUGAAGUCGAACAGAAUCUUAAUGAGAGCCCUAUUCUUCACAGUGGCGUGAAAAACAUGAAGGUGCUGAAGACCACACAGUCUGGCUUCGAGUGCUUCUUCCGAGACCGCUUCACCACUCUACAGGAGGUCAAGGACAGGUGUUUCUGUACCUCUGUCUACGCAAGGUGGCGCUACAACAAGGUCCAGAAUGUCGACUUUGACAGCGCAUGGAACUCUGUCAAGGAAACAAUAAUUGAGAAGUUUGCUGGCCCAUACGAUCGUGGAGAGUACUCUCCCUCUGUGCAGAAAACCCUCUACGACACACAGGUCAUAGUCCUGGAUAGGGUGCCUGAGGUUGAAGAGAUUGAGAUAGUCAUGCCUAACCAACAUUAUUUCACCAUCGAUAUGACGAAAAUGGGUCUCACCAACAACAAUGAAGUUCUUCUGCCAUUGGACAAUCCUUCAGGGAACAUCAUGGGCACAGUACGCAGGAAGCCGCAAGCAAAGCUAUGAAAAGGAACACAAAGCUACCCGAAAAGACUUUAAUCACAGUGAUAACAAAACAAUAAUUAAUGUCCCACCAAACACAACAUACUGAUCAAUCUACAGGGUUGUGUUCAUUAGGCACAAAACGGAAAGAAAAACAAACUGAAACAGGGAGGUCUAACCUGUCCACUUUUUUCUAUGUUGCAAAUGUAUUUCCAUUGCGUGCCCUAAUGAACACUACCCAGGCACAUGUUAAGUAAAGUAAAACAUGUACAAAGCUG